AUGUCAUCAUCUUCAUCCGAUGAUCUGGAAGAAAGAUUGGACGAAAUUAUCGACGAAUACGUCGAAGACACAUUCAACAACAUAGUGGAGGGCAGGACCAUUAACCAAAGGGGACGUGCUUAUCAAAGAAGAGAUGCAACCGGGAGGUUAGGUGUUACUCCACUACAAAAAUGUACGGCAGCAAUUCGUCUACUUGCUUAUGGUUCUGCGGCUGACACGGUUGACGAAUAUCUCCGACUUGCUGAGACCACUGCACUUUCGUGUUUACAUAAUUUCACUGACGGAAUUAUACAGUUAUUUGGAGAAGAGUAUCUACGACGACCCACCGCAGAGGAUCUUCAACGACUACUCGAUAUUGGAGAGCAACGCGGGUUUCCUGGGAUGAUCGGGAGCAUUGACUGUAUGCAUUGGGAGUGGAAAAAUUGCCCGAGCGCUUGGAAAGGACAGGACACACGUGGAUCAGGAAAACCGACAAUUGUCUUAGAGGCUGUGGCUUCUCAAGACAUUUGGAUAUGGCAUGCUUUUUUUGGUCCUCUAGGUACCUUAAACGAUAUUAAUGUCCUCGAACGGUUUCCUGUUUUUGACGACAUUAUAGAAGGUCGAGCUCCCAGGGUAAGGUACAUGGUCAACGGACACAUGUAUAAGUUGGCGUACUACCUCACUAACGGUAUAUAUCCAAAAUGGUCAACAUUUAUCCAAUCUAUCACACUCUCUCAAUGUCCUAAACAAGAGUUAUUUGCCAAAGUUCAAGAAGCAACCCGAAAAGAUGUGGAGCGGGCUUUUGGAGUAUUGCAAGCCCGAUUUGCGAUUGUGAAGAACCCGGUAAAAACAUUGGACAAAGCAAAGAUAAGCAAGAUUAUGAGAGCAUGUAUCAUACUACACAAUAUGAUAGUCGAAAAUGUACGGGAUGGAUACGGUACACUAUUUGAUAUAUCUGAUUUUGAAGAAGGAGACGUAACCAGAAGUUUACGGUUGGAAACCAACAGGCCUACAAAUCUCAACACCAUAUUUCCCAUUCGGAAUGAUGUUCGGGAUACUCGUAUACAUGAACAUUUGAAAAUGGAUCUAAUUGAGCAUAUUUGGAACAAAUUUGGUGAUGAAUAUUAA